UUGAACGGCUCAUAGAUGGCAACACGUUACAGCUUCGUAGCUAUUUAGCCAUAACUAGUGGAGGUUCCCAUAGUAACGGCGCCAGACCCGGAAAUAGUAUAUCUACAACUACUAGUAUAUAUGAAGCACGAGGUUCGUGUCGCGAGGCCAAUCUGUGCUGCCCGGGUCGUGACAGCUCGUGUGUUGUUCAGAAGACACCGAUCAACACGAUCAAAGAGGACCUGGAUGAUAAACCAUGCUACUGCGACCAUGCAUGCAUGAAACUUGGAGACUGUUGCCAUGACUUCAAGGAAUCGUGUAGAGUGAUUGAUUGCGAGGUAACCGACUGGAAACCGUGGUCAAAGUGUGACGUCGACUGUGGCCCCGGAAUGAUGACACGGGAACGUCUGAUUCGUCAGGAACCUCGAAAUGGCGGCAAACGAUGCCCAGAAGUUGUCCAGAAACGAGGUUGUUUGGGCAACAAAUGUGAAGCGUAUAACCAGCAAGACAAUGCUCGACGAG